AUGGAUAAAGUUGUGUGCAAAAUAUUAGAGCCAGCAGCAGCAGGUUACUCCUCCUCCUCCUAUUGUAAUUAUAAUUACCUGGAGCUCCCUGCUGCAGAUUGUUCUAAUUAUUCCGGCGCCAAUAACAGAUGGUGGUCAAAGGAGACGGUGGCGGUGGUGACGGGAGCGAACAAAGGAAUAGGUUUUGCGUUGGUGAAGAGGUUGGCGGAGUUGGGAUUGAGGGUUGUUUUAACGGCUAGGGACGAGAAGAAAGGAGCGGCGGCGUUGGAUUCGCUGAAGAGGGUUGGGGUCGGAGGAGAUAACGUUGAACUCUUUGUGCUGGACGUUUCAAAGCCCGAUUCAAUAGCAACAUUUGCUUCUUGGCUCCAAAACACACACGGAGGAGUUGUUGAUAUACUUGUAAACAACGCAGCAAUCACUAGCUAUGAUUCAUCAUCAAUAUCAGCAGCAGAGAGUGUUAUUCGGACUAAUUUCUAUGGACCAAAGCUUGUCAUCGAGGCACUCCUCCCCAUGCUCAUCAGGCGCCGAAGCAUCUCUAGUAGUAGUCCUCCUCCUCCUCCGGCUAGGAUACUGAAUAUCAGCUCCAGGCUGGGCUCUCUCGACAAGCUCAGAGAUUUAGACCUCAGGGCGUCCAUGGAAGACCUGGAACACCUCUCCGAGGACAAAAUAGUCGGCAUGUUGGAUAUGUUUCUAUCUGAUUAUAAACAACAAGACAAACAACAAGGUGGUUGGCCUGAGGUGUGGACGGACUAUUCCGUCUCAAAGCUAGCCUUGAACGCUUACUCCAAGCUCCUCGCCAGGCGCUACAAACACCAGGGCAUCACCGUCAAUUGCUUCUGCCCCGGUUUUACUCAAACUUCCAUGACCCAGGGAAAAGGGACCCACACCCCCGACCAUGCAGCCUCCAUUGCCGCCACCUUCGCUCUCCUUCCUCCUCAUUUAUUAUUGCCUACCGGCAUCUUUUUUCUAGCCCCCCGCCCCCGGCCCCCGAACUUCAUUUCCAACUUAUAA